AUGAGAACAGGAGAACGAACGGAAAGAAAAUCGAAGCAAACCGAUAACACGUGUUCUUUUGUAUCGGCUGAUGUUGUUUUGAGGGUGAGAAAAGUGGUUUUUUUUCAUCAUGGGAUAAAUUUUCAUUUAACUUAUAUUCAUUCAACUCGGUCAGAGACAAUGCCAAAUAAGAAACGACAACAAGCUCGCCAUAAUGCAAAACAAGCAACAAAUGAUUUACACGAGGUUUCUACCCCAGUCUUUUCACCCUCAGUCGCUGAAUCAGAAUUAACCACUGACUCAACGAAUAAAGUUGAACUCCCCGUCACAACAAAUACGACAUCUCAACCGUCAACUGUUCCUAAACCAGCAUGGGGUCCUCGUCAAGAACCACCUCAAAACAUUACAACACCAAAACCGGUUUGGGGAUCAGGACAGCAGCCAUCUGCCAUACCCAAAUCAACAGCUGAUUCUUCAACGAGAACUUCCACUCGAAUUGAACGUUCCUAUAGUGUUGUUCCAACAACAAAUCAACCAACACGAAAUUCAUCGCGCGAAUCUCGUUGUCAAAGCGUUGUUUCCACACGACGUAGACGAUAUAUUUGUUCAGUAGUUCCUGAUAGUGCCGUAUUAACACCAAUUCGUCGACCAGAUAACGGUGGAACAAGUGGAACUGAAGUUUUAGUUUAUACAAAUCAUUUUAAAGUCGAUAUGGACGAUGCGAUUAUCAAUCAAUAUGAUGUCGACAUUCAUUCGAUAGACAAUCGAGGAAUAACACGAUCUGCACGAAAAGAUGAACGAUGGGAAGUUGUUAAAAAAAUCGUUCAAGAAAAUGAAAAUUUUCCAAUGGCGAUUAAUGAAACCGAAUCACUUACAAGUCAUGAAUCGAAAUUUUCGGGAAUUUGGUAUCCAACAUUUGUAGCUGAUGCAAAUCAUAUGUUUAUUUCAUCGAGUGAAUAUAUUAAAUUAUCAAAUUUAACAUCAACUCAAAUAACUCUUACAAUAACUGAAACAUCGUAUUAUAUUAAAAAUCGUCAAUUACCUAUUGCUAAAUUACGUGAAAUUAUUUUUCAUAAUCUUCUCUUUACAAUUGUUUGUAUUGAAAUAUUUCAUUUAUGUAUUCUUCUAUGUAAAUUAAUGAUUAUUCCUCCAUUGAAGUUUAUUGGGAAAUAUUUUGUUAAAUUGAAUCAAUUUAUAUCGAAAAAAACAAAGGAAAGUAUUACUCGUGAUAUUCUUAUGGAUGAUCAUAGCACAGUAACAACAAUAACAACAACUACAACAACAAAAGAUUGUAAUGUUAUUCAAAUUAGUUAA